AUGUCGACCACCACCACCUCUACCUACGCCUCAACCACCCUGGUCGGCAUGCUUCCCACCAUCACCAAUGCCACCGCCCUGGUGGCCGGGAAGAGCUGCCCGACUUGCGGUCAAGAUGGCCUCCUGUCGCAACAUCACUCCGAGGAAGCCCAACGCCGCAUCCACGAGUUAGAAGGACAGCUGCAACAUCUCAACCUCCAGACGGCACACAUGACCGAAAAACUCGCCCUCUACGAAGAAGAGAUCCACCGACUCCGCGUUCAGGCCCGAUCCUCUGCAGCCUCCUCGUCCUCCUCCGCCGCCGCCGACGCUGACCGCUCCCUCUCACCAACACAACUCCCGCCCCCGUCCUCGUCCCAUUCGCAGUCGCACUCUCAGGGCCAGGGCCGUCUGUCCACCCUCACCUCCUUGCUUCCCUCCCGGCGUCCCAGCACCGCCACUGCCACCACCUCUUCCCCGCCGCAAUCCAGCGCCCACCCCGUCGCUCGGCCCUCCCCACCGCCACAGCCCGCCCACGAAGACACGGUCGAGCUGCAAAACGCCCUCAGUCGCGAACAGAACCUGCGCCGCGCCGCCGAAUCGCAGCUCUCCCAGACCACCACCGAGCUGGAGGAGCUGACGGCCCAGCUGUUCAGCCAGGCCAACGAGAUGGUGGCCCAGGAGCGCAAGGCGCGCGCCCGCCUGGAGGAACGGGUCGCCCUGUUGGAGCGUUGCGAUGUCGAGAAAGUGGAACAGACUCGAGUGGAUGGAAAUUGUUAUGUUUUUGUGUUGAGCGUGUGCCGGAACUCCCCCAAUGGUGGCAUCUCGGGAAUAUAA